AUGUCUUCUCAGAACACCAACACCGCUGAGAUCAAAGAGUCUGCUGGUUCUCGUCGCCGUAGCUCUGCCACCAUGGGCAACUUUGCUAACGAGCCAGUCGAUCGCAGCGCCGAGACUGCGGUGUCUCGAAAGCAGAAGCGGGCCAACCGCCGAAGCACUCUCCGAAUGCAGUGGGAGGUGGCCCCUUUCCUCGGAAUGGACCUAGAUGACGAGAAGGACGAGGCGAAGGAGAUCAAGAAGGCUAGCGAGAAGAAGGAGAAGGAGAACGAGCAGAAGAAAGCUGAGGAGAAUGAACAGAAGGACGAUGAAGAGAAUGAGGCUGAGAAGGAGAAGUAA